AGGGGGAGGGGGGAGAGAGCCGUUUUGCGAGAUUGAUACGGGUAAAUGGUGAAUUACCAAUGCUGUUGGCUAAGCAGGUUUAUAUACACAAGUGUCGGAUAAAUAGAAUAGAACCGAUGUGUUGGUACACCUAUUAAACCAUCACCUGGAAUUUAAAGAAAAAUAAUAUGGAGCUCUAGAAACAGAAAGACAAUGUUUUUGAUCGGACUAUUGCGAUAGGCCUACUGCGCGUUAUAUAAAGGCAACGCGACUGUGUAAUGGAUGGCGGGCAAUUAUUGAUCAGUGCGUCGGCAGACGUCACUCGUGCGGUAUCUGAAGAUAAUGUCGCGGCUAGAAGCAAAAGGAAUGAUAAAUCAGUAAAAACAAAGAAAUCAAACCGAGAAAGAAAAAAAAGUUUAUCGUCAUCAAAAGAUCCGUCUAACGAGAGACCAGCGCACGAUGUUAAAACGUCAAAAACUCUCGAAAAUCUCAACCAAAACACAGACGCACCGCCCGGGGGACGUAGACGUGUGCGUUCCGCUGACAGUGCAAUAUUCGCCAAGAAACGCAAAAGGAGGAUGGUGAAGAAUCAAGUCGUUGGUGUUAUAGAGGACUUAGAAAAUGUAAUAUACGAAAUUAAUUCCGUUACUUCUGAACUUAGGGGUGUUUUAAACCAAAUUGACCGUGUGACGUCGCAUCUAGAAUUGUCUGUCGAUGGAUUAGACAUUUCCGAGGAUAAUAUAUUUUUGAAAUCUUCCAAGGACCAUAAAUCUAUACAAAAUUCGAAACAAAGAUCAGUUUCAUGCGCUUCUCUGGCGACGAUGAGUCGUUACAAACAGGAAAUCAACGCGUCAACACAAACGCAUAGGAAAUACGAACCAUCAUUAACGCGUCACCGAAGAGAUGUGUUCUCAUCCAAAGAUAAAACAAACGCAUCCGCUAAAGAACUUACUCUGUAUCGAAAAGGUGAAGAGAGAAAACAACCAAAAAGAUUGGAUAAGUCAUCUGUAGACCUUUCAGAAGAUUCGCAUAGUCUGCUAUAUUGCUCACAAUUAUCUCUAGCCAGUAGUGUAGGAAAAUUCCCGUCCAACAACGGCAGUUUAGCCGCAAGUGUGUCUUCCAUGACUGGGAUGUUAUCAUCAAGUAUCAAUAGCCUUAAUACAGGGUACAACACGUCCUUGGAAGAGAUCGACUUCGGGAUAAGUUGGAGAAAGAGAACAUCACCUCGUCAUAGCGUCACCGCCGAUUCUUCAUAUCGAACUUUAAGCGAAACUAAUUCUCUUUACUUCGAGGAUAUUCUACUUCAGCAUAACAAUAACUCAUUUCAAUCACUUGCCCCUGUUGAUUACAACACGAAUAAUGUUUCUGCUUGCUGUACGUGCGAUAAAGAGUUUAAUAUACUUGGUAUAGAGAGAGGAACGGAAUCACCUUCACUGUACCGUCCAAUUUUCUCAACGACAAAUUCAAGACGUAGUCGCUCAACCACGGCUUCCGUGUCUGACGUCGGUUCUCAGAUAUCCUGCUUCUCCAGUGAAGAUCUUCUGAAGGAUUUUAGUGCCGAUUAUGACAGAGAUAUCAAUACUUGGACAACAUUUGCCCUGGUGCAUAUUGACGCAGACGAACUAGGAGACUGAACGUAAAACAUUCGCAUAGCUAGAAAACUAAACUAAAAAUUACAAUGACUACUGAUAGGCUGUUAUAUACUUAUGAGAUUGUUGAACAGCUGUACCUACCAUGGGAAUAACUACUAAUUGCAGAAUACUACCGAAGAAGAUUAAACCUUUUUUUUUUUAAAUUAGGACACCCCUAUAAUGUCACUCGCUCUUAUCUGGCAAUCUAGUGAUCACGUGAUUACUAAGGCGUCAUGAUAACGUUUUUCCCCAUAGGCCCUAAAUGAAAAUUCGAUCAUUAUUCUUCGUUUAAGGGACAGAGUUGAAGGCUCUUAUAUCAAUAACAAGCCCAAGAGCGCGAAAUUAUGCAGACGAUAAUUGAUUAAUCUGACACGUAAACAUACACACACCUGGUCUCAUCUAGAAAUUUACAUCAGUGGCCAGCAUACUUUACUAUUUAUCUUAAACAAAAUAGACCUAGUAUUUUUUAUGUAAUGCGAUUUUUAGAAACGCUUGUGAAGUAUCACUCGAAUUUAACACGUAAAUACAACUUUACAAUUCAACUGAUAAAAAGAGAACACCACAAUCUUGGAUACUGACUAAACAAUUUGUAGCUAUCUAAAUAUAAACAUUAUUGGUUAGUACUGACUGACAAUGAUCGAUUUUCUACAAUAUAAAAACUUACCUUUUAAUAAAAUUUUGACGUACGUUUCGAUACCAUCCAUAUAUAAGAAGAUAAAAAAAAAUCGAGCCAUACCCUAAUAACGUAUGAUACAAAGCGUAUCCCACAAAGAUGAAAAGGUUGGAGUGGGGGAUUGGGAAUGGAUAACUUAGCUGGAUAGAGACAAAGGAAGAAUAGUUGAUGAAAAGGAAUGACGCAUAUAAGGCUGGUUACCAUUGGCCUACAGCAGGAGGACAAGUUUGGAAAUAGACAGGAUGGAUAAAGUGUGGUAGUAAAGAUGCAAUGUGCAGUAGGAAAGUGCAUAAGGAAACAUAAUUAAGCGUUAAGAAAUAUUUAAAAAUAAACUUAUUUUUUAUGUCACCUAAUUUAUGGUGAUGUUUUCUAAAUUAACCAAUUGCCAUGUUUAUAGUGAGUUACAAUGUUCCUUUAAAAGACAUACUCGCAAUUAGAUUCGUUCAUGAUACUGCUGACGUCAUCCCAUUGCAUCAAAGACAUUACUUAUGUAGAUUGAUUAACCCUAGAGCUGCAGGUGUAUUUUUACGCCAUUGUGGGGGGUCAGCGGAAAAAAACUCAUCCAUGUUGGAAAUAUUUUUCUUCACUCUCACACCUCCUGCUAUAGCCACUUCCCCCUCCCCAUACGCCUGUUCUUGAUAUCUAUUCUAUCAUAUUCAGAACUGUUGCAAUAAUCGUUUUGGGUUGGGUCGCUACGUUAAACUACGACAGCUUGUAUAAAUGUGUUUUCAAAUAACAGUAUUUAUUAAAUUGUCAUACAAUGGGAAUGGAUGAAUUAGAAAUAAAGAAUUUGUUAUUCAUAAAGAA